AUGGCUGUUGAUGUGAAUCAUAGAUUAGGCUUCAUACAAUCAUUCGUUUUUUUGGAUAUAGAAGCCAGUGGGCUUUUCCCAAACGAUGCAUUGAAUCCACUAGAUGAUCCACCGAUUCCAGGCAGUCAGAGGGAUUUGUCUCAAACACUACGCAAUCACAUCAGGCUUACUAAUUCCAAUCAAGCCCCUCAUAUUAUGGAAAUCAGCCUUAUUUCGGCUACGAGAAAAGCAGUUUUAUCUGGGAUUCGAAAGAUGGAUCAAUUGAUGAAUAGUGAAGCGAGUGAUGAAGUAACACGUUCCAGGUUAAGUUCCAGGCCCAUUAGUUUUCGAAUUCCAUGCAACAUCCACUCUGCACAGGUAAAACCUAAAAUGAACCAGAGAGAGUGGGCAGAGUACGAAAAAGGACGACUCCGGUACAGCGUUUUUGUUUAUUGUCGAGAGGACUUAGAAGACAAGAACGAUUUUAGUACGGAAUGGAAAGGAGUAAAACUUUUUUUGGAACAAACACGGAAGCCGGUUUGCAUAAUCGCUCACAAUGGACUAAGAUAUGAUUUUCGUCUACUCCAUGCAGAAUUUGAACGAAACGGUCUUCUGAAUACUAAUCCUAUUCCUGACCAGGUUUAUUUUGUAGAUUCCUAUCUCAUGUUUCUGGAUCUGGAAAAAAAGUUGCAUGACGAAUUGCGGACUGCCGUGCAGCUAUUAGAUUGGAGUCGCUUGUUUUCGGCAUAUAUAAAAAAUGAAAAUCCACCAUUGUCACCACAGAAAAUGUCGUUUUGUUUAGUAGGUGCAAGUUCGCAAACUCACACGGAUAUUAUUUCUAAACCAUUAGGCACAUCCGAAAUAAAGAUCUCCACAAUGGUGUCCAAGAGUGAUAUCCCGACUGUUACCGAGGAAUCACAGGAUACCACAUUUGUUGUUCCAGUUGAGUGUACAACUAGAAGCGAACCGAAAAGAUUUGCUAGAAGGCGGCUUUUUAUCCAAACACCGGACGACCAUCCAUUAAAUUUUAUCCGUACGACUAAAUGGUCACCAGCUAAAAAGAAACGUGUUCUGCCGAAUCUUUUUAAACGUUCCAGUGAAGGUGACUGGGUGUUCAAUAAUCAUUUUUCGGUUGCAUAUUUCCAUGAGAAAGGUGCUUUCAAAUUGGAAUCUAUGUAUAAGCAGUUAUUAAGUGGCGAUUAUGAUGCCCACUUUGCUAGAGAUGAUUGUGAAGCUUUGUUGAAAAUUUGCAUAGCAUAUGGAGAAGAAUUUGUGGAGUACGUGGACACGCAUGCUGUUAAAUUUCCAUUUUAG